AUGGCUAUUAGCGCUACGCGCUUUCAUUUCCUGGCAAUAGCCAUGGUCUUUCACCUUGUCUACAUCUAUUCCAUUUUUGACAUAUACUUUGUCAGCCCUAUAGUCACAGGAAUGCCUCUUAUCCCCAUAGAACGUCCACCAGGAACAAAGUCUCCCGCCGAUCGCCUGGUGCUGUUUGUCGGCGACGGGUUGCGUGCUGACAAGGCCUUCCAGGCCUUCCCGGAGCCCUAUCCAAAGACGGACGACGACUUGACACCACGCCAUCUUGCACAGUUUUUGCGUUCGCGAGUUCUGCAGCAUGGUACCUUUGGCGUUUCUCACACAAGAGUGCCUACAGAAUCGAGACCAGGGCACGUUGCACUGAUUGCUGGUCUUUAUGAGGAUGUUUCGGCCGUCAUGACAGGUUGGAAGCUAAACCCAGUCAACUUUGACAGUGUCUUUAACCGGAGUAGACAUACGUGGAGCUGGGGCAGUCCUGAUAUCCUACCCAUGUUCGAUAAAGGCGCCACACCUGGCCGAAUUGACGCUUACUGCUAUGAUGCGGAUUUCGAGGAUUUUACCCAAGAUGCUAUCCAAUUAGAUCUGUGGGUUUUUAACCAUGUGAAGGAGUUGUUCGCAUCAGCCGCCAAGAAUGAGACGCUUAAUGCGGCCCUAAGACAAGAUAAGGUGGUUUUCUUCCUACAUCUCCUAGGAAUUGAUAGUACAGGCCAUUUUUAUCGCCCUUAUUCUAAGGAGUACCUAAACAACAUUAAGAUUGUUGACCAGGGCGUUAAGGAAAUCUCUGAGCUCAUUAACCAGUUUUAUAGAGAUGAAAGAACAGCUUUUGUGUUUACGGCAGAUCAUGGGAUGAGUGACUGGGGUAGCCAUGGCGAUGGACAUCCGGAUAAUACACGGACACCUCUAAUUGCCUGGGGAUCAGGCGUUGCAAAGCCGGUGGUGUACCUAAAUUCCGUUGUUGCACCUGGUCAUGAUGACUAUUCAUCCAACUGGAACCUCGAUAACAUUAGGAGGCAUGACGUAUCACAAGCAGAUGUGGCGGCGCUCAUGGCUCACCUGGUAGGAGUUGAAUUUCCUGCCAAUUCUGUCGGAGAAUUGCCUUUAUCCUAUCUUGAUGCGAGUAUCAAGGAAAAGGCAGCAGCCUCACUUCUCAAUGCUCGCGAGAUUCUUGCCAUGUUUAAUGUCAAGGAGCGCAUCAAAAGGGCAUCCCAGCUGCGUUAUGUACCAUACACACCGCUCAGUGCGGAGAGCCAGACCCCUAAUGAGAGACUGCAGGCGAUACAGACUUUGAUUGAUGGCGCGAGCUUUGAAGAAGCUAUUGAGGAAACAGCUGCAUUGAUCAAAAUUGCCCUUGAAGGUCUGAGGUAUCUUCAGACAUACGAUUGGCUCUUUUUACGGGCCCUCAUCACGAUCGGAUACCUUGGCUGGGCCGCAUUUUCUCUUACUACUGUAGUUAAUCUGCAUGUUCUUCAGGAUACUAUUCGGCCUAAACGAUCUUUAGGCAGUACGUUUUUUUUCUCAUCAGUUCUGGCUGCCAUGUACGCAUCCUUUAUUGCAUCUCGCUCGCCCUUGAUGUACUACGCAUACGCCUUCUUCCCAGUAUAUUUCUGGGAAGAAGUCUUGGCGCGAAAAGAGAGUUUGGUCAAGGGACGACAGGCUCUUCUUGGACACGUUCAAUCUAGCCAAGGUGUCCUGUCUCUUGUUUCAAGCUUCAUCGCAUACAUAACAAUUAUAGAAUGUUUGGCUCUUAGCUACAUGCAUCGUGAGGUUCUCACCGUUCUUUUCUUCGCUGGUUCCUUCUACCCGCUACUUCUUGGCAUAUCCUUCCUCCAGAAGCAUAGCGCUCUGACAACCACCUGGUUUAUCUCAUGUGUGACAAUGAGCGUAUUCACACUCCUGCCAGCUAAUAAGGUUGAAAAUGUCACUUUAAUCAUACUCGGUGGAUUCUCCGUCGUGGUGAUUGGGGUCCUGUAUCUCGUUUUUGAAGACAAGGUAACUGCCGACCUGUCCGGAACUGAGUUAAAGUCAUUGUACAAAGGGAACAGCCUAUCAAGGGUCUUGAUUGGCAUCCAGACUGGUCUUGUUCUUGUGGCAACAAUCGUGAGUCGCUCCAGUGCGCUCGCACUACAGGCAAAGGGUGGCUUGCCUCGUGGUAACCAAGUAGUUGGAUGGUUGACAUUGAUCAUCUCCCUACUGAUGCCAGUGGCACAUUGGUUGCAGCCCAACAGACAUUACUUGCACAGGCUGAUGGUUAUCUUCCUGACCCUUGCACCAACCUUUGUGAUCCUCACUAUAUCUUACGAGGGUCUUUUCUACGUCGUUUAUGGAAUAGCCCUUCUCACGUGGGUUCGAUUAGAGCAUUGCAGCCAAAUCCAUACAGACCCUCCGGCAACCAAGGUCCAUGUGGGCAAUGGAUCGACAGCUGUAUCCAACAAGGCGACGCAGUUUCGCCCAUUAAAGCUAUCCGAUGCACGUGUGACAUUAUUCUUUUUCGUUUUGUUGCAAUCGGCCUUCUUUAGCACAGGAAAUAUCGCAUCUAUAUCAUCCUUCAGCUUAGAAAGUGUUUGCCGACUUCUUCCUGUUUUUAACCCAUUCACACAAGGGGCGCUACUCAUAUUCAAGAUUAUGAUACCCUUUACUUUGCUCUCUGUAAAUCUCGGCGUUCUCAACAAGCGGUUAGGCGUCGCGCCAUCGGCGUUAUUCAUGGUUGCUAUGGGACUAAGCGAUACACUCACGCUUCACUUUUUUUGGGUUGUGAAAGAUGAAGGUUCCUGGCUGGAAAUCGGCUCUACAAUCUGCCACUUUGUCAUAGCCAGCUUAUUAUGUGUCUUUGUCGCAGGAUUAGAGGCCGUUAGUGCAAUACUCAUCUCUGGUAUAGACUUCAAAAGAGGACCAGACGAGAAUUCGCUCGCCAGGGCAACGGGGUAG